AUGGCUUCCAAUCUCUACCCUCACAGAGGGUUCAUGCUGGAUACUGGCCGAAAGUUCUUCCCCGUCAAAGCUAUUCUCCAUUUGUUGACGCUGCUUCACCAAUACAACUUCAAUGUCUUCCACUGGCAUAUCUACGAUGCGGAAAGCUUUCCUCUGCUCUGGCCUGGGGGCGAGGGCCUGACGAACGCAAGUGUCAAGUAUAGCCAGACUCACACGUUCUAUACGCCUACCGAUAUCCAGAACAUCGUCUCCUAUGCAGAGAACCUGGGAAUUAUGGUGUAUCCGGAGACGGACAUGCCUGGUCAUAGCGAUAUCUGGGGAAUAUGGAAAAAGAAUUUGGUAGUAGGCAAGGCAAGCUUAACAAAACCGGACGCGCAGCUCGACAUCAGACCGAACAACAAAGCAGUGUAUGACAAUAUUACCAGCUUGGUAUCGACUGUUGACGGGUAUUUCGGCUCACCUUACCAUCACUUUGGCGGCGAUGAAGUGGCAUACAUGUGGAACACCAAGGACGACAACAAACUAUUCAAUACGUUUCUGAACUGGCUCAAGACUCUCACUCCCAAGAAAUCAGUCAUCUUAUGGGAUGAUCCGCUCACCGACUCGGAAAAGAGCAUCACUUUGGCAAAGGACUGGAUCAUUCAAACUUGGCAUAAAGGCACCACUCAGAAGAUACUCAAAAAGGGACACCGGGUUAUUGUUUCGGAGUCUGACACUUUCUACAUUGGAAACGCAGAUGCGGACAAGAUAUCCAAAUUUGUGUUCCCAAAGGACUCCAAGGUUAUGGGCUUCGAGAUCGCGUGGUUCACCUCACAGGAUGAUAGUCCAAGUGACUUGGAUCAAGAUUGGAUUCUCGAUCCCUUGAAGGCUGCAUCUAAGAUCCGGAGAAAGCAUGAACUGGAACAGUUCGGCGCGAAACGAUGGGCCCCAGAAGUUUCUCAGUUCCCUGUAAUCAUCAUUGAUGGGGCCUUAAUCAAUCGGAUCGCCAAUGCUGUCAUUCGCAAACUGGUACAGUCCUCAGAUUAUGGGUUUAUUGUAGGACGCCGGCGAACCGACAGUCCACAACAACAAAUCUUUAGCCCGAAACAACCCUCUACUUCUCUCCGCGCUACCCUACAUUGGCAAACACAACAGUCGAGCUUCGGAUACAUUAAAAACCACGCUCACUACUGCCGGCCUACUCUAACCCCCAUCGCUACUGAGACUACUAUUGCGACGUCAGACUCAUCCAAGACAACUGCUAUCGAUAGCAUCACUACUACAACGUCUGAAGCGGAGAGCAAAACCAAGGCCGAAAGUAGUACCACCACUCAGACCGGAACCACGACCGCUACCUCUGAACUCGAGAGCACCACUGCGUCAUCGGUUUCGUCUCAGCCGACGACGACCGGAGAUGUCACCACGACUUCAGAGGCCGAGAGCACCACCAAAGCUGACACCACUACGACUGCUGUCGCUGCCCCAACCUUUACCACCCUCGCUGGAAGUGCACCUCUAACUGGCGAUAUCCUCCAGGCUGAUGGUUACCAGGGUAGCUACCCUUUGUUCAACCCCUCAGCUAACCCGCUAGAUCCACCUUACAGCCCCAGAACAUGGGUCAUCGAGCCCAGCACCGGCCAUAUCAAGGACACAGCCAGUGGACACUAUUUAUGCGCCUACUAUCUCUUCGUGCAGCAGAACGGUGGAGCAGCUUCCAUUUCUACCUGUGAGGAUGUUCGCAACCCAGGCCCCAACAGCAUGUACGGUUACUUGUCCUGUCAAAUUGUGAACGGUCAGCUCUCGUGUACAGCUCCCAAGACUGUGUGCACCUACGACGGAGACUACACCUGUGUUACUUCACCAGGCCAAGAGAACGCUUACAAUCAGAUCGUUGCGAUGAAUAGUGAGACCAGUGACGCGUCUAUCGCGAUUUAUAAGACUACGCCCAAUAACUGGACACCAAUGGUGCUCAAUGUUCAGGAAGUCUGA